AUGUUGAAGUAAAACAAACAGAUAGCUGACGUUGUGACGUCCCGCGUUGCUUGAAACAAGUAACGGUCCCACGCGAAAGAUUUGUAAGCGGAGUGAACUGCAGGGAAGGGAAAGGGCAGACCUUAUCUCUCAUGGCCGUUGCUGCAACGACUCACUUUACUAUUCUUGGACAGCCGUUUGCUUCUCCCAGGUCUCGCUCUUCCAAUUAUGGUUGUCUAUGCUGCUCUACCGAUUCAAAUUCACGUCGUGGUUUCGGUCCCAGUGAUGAAAAGGGCAAAAAUUCUGCAACUGCCAGAAGGCGGGCCAAAGGCACAGUGCGUCCGCAAAGGAAUUCCUCUACUCCACAGUCCGACGACCUCCUUAAUCAAGCACCUCGUUUGAGCUCUACGAAUGAUGUCAGAAAGGCAAAAAGUGUGGGGUCAGAUCUUCAGUUUGAGGAACGGUUGCAAGCAGUAAAAAGGUCAGCACUUCAGCAGAAAAAAGCAGAGGAAGAGAAAGCGUAUGGAGCAAUUGACUAUGAUGCUCCGGUUGAGUCCAGAAGUACUACAAUCGGACUGGGUACCAAGAUUGGAGUUGGAGCAGCUGUGAUUGUAUUCGGACUUGUAUUUGCACUUGGUGAUUUUCUUCCCUCUGGAAGUGUUAGUCCCACUGAGGAGAUUGCCCUGACUGAUAAGAGAAUUGCUGAAGAUGAGAGAGCUAACCUCCUGAAGACGCUUCAGCAAUUUGAGGCAACACUGGCUUCAUCACCAGAGGAUCCCAUCUCCCUUGAAGGAGCUGCUGUGACCUUAGCAGAACUGGGGGAGUACAAUCGAGCCUCUUCCCUUCUUGAGGAUUUGAUUAAGAAAAAACCAAGUGACCCUGAUGUUUACCGUUUGCUUGGAGAAGUCAAAUAUGGACUGAAGGAUUACGAAGGAAGUGCUGCUGCUUUUAGGAUGUCUGCCAUGGUGUCCAGAACAAUUGAUUUUGAAGUUCUACGUGGCCUUACAAAUGCACUGAUUGCUGCGAAGAAGCCAGAUGAGGCUGUUCAAAUGCUUUUGGCAUCACGCAAAAGUCUGAAAGAAGAGAAAACUAUUGGUAGCAAUGAUGGAACCUUGAACAGUGCAGUGAAAUCAAAGUCAGAGGUAGACCCAAUUCAAGUUGACCUGCUUCUUGGAAAAGCAUACUCAGAAUGGGGUCGUGUCAGCGAUGCUGUGUCUGUGUAUAAUCAACUCAUUUCUACCUAUCCUGACGACUUUAGGGGUUACUUAGCGAAGGGUAUUAUUUUGAAAGAGAACGGAAAUGUUGGUGAUGCUGAAAGAAUGUUUAUACAAGCAAGAUUCUUUGCACCAGAGAACGCUAAGGUGCUUGUUGAUAAGUAUUCAAAAUAAUUACUCUUGAAUAGUCCUUUGAUAUCUUGGCUGGUAGACUAUUGAGAUGGCUUAAACAGUAGCUUGAAUUGUCCAACAUCAGAGAAAGGUUAAGUAGGCCAAGAAUUUGUGAAUUGUGAGAUUCGUUGGCAACUGAGAAGCAGUCAAUGGAUGGGCAUUUUUCAACAUCUGCUUCAGUAAUAAUUGCUGGGUGCUACUGGAUUUGCAUAUUCAAGAUAUACUACUUGUGUGCACAUAGGAUAAUGUGGCACGUCAGUUGAAAAGCUCUCUGUUUUGACAUUCCAUUUCACUGAGGCUGGGACUACCUUUUUCCCACUUUUUUUCUUAUUACUCAGUUGCUUUUUUAUGAUAUACGCGAGGUCAGCACUCAGCAGACGCCUUAGAUGAUACAUGAAGUUAAUGUUAUUAACGCAGUACUAACUGGGCUAAUUUGGUGGCAACCAGCCAAAAUCCUCUAUUCUACUAUUCUGUUUCAAUGUCAGCCAAUUGGGAAUUGCUUGAGGCCACAAUAAUGAGAUUUAAUUUUUUUUAUCGUCCAAAA